AUGGACGCUACUGAAUUUUUAGAGUUUAUAAAUUGCAUGGGCAUUGAAUUAAAUAUGACAAAUUUAACAAUAUACACAAACCUGUAUGUUAAUUUUUCACAAUUUCAACCCGAUGCUCCAACGGAUGAUUUUUCAACAAAAUUUGUGCAAUGGAAGCAAACUUAUGACAGGGCGGACGAAAUUCAACGUCAACAGCAGCACCUGAACACAUUUAAUACCCCUAGCAGGGAUCCACGACUUUUAAAAGCCGCCUGUACAGCACAACCCGAAGCAUUAGCAAGCUUAAAGAACGAUGACUUAUUUCAAAAUUUUAUAUUGACACCACCGACGGAACCCCAACAACAACAACCCUGCAUUAUGGAUAAUCAACACCAUAACGAAAAUAUUGAAAUUCUCCAUCAGGGCAACACGACACCACCGCCACCACCGCCUACUCCACCACCAGCACCACCGCCACCAUUGCCUUUGUUGCCAGCACCACGAUCGCAACCUCUACCACCGUCGCCGCCUGUACCCUUUUUAACUGCAACACGACCACCACCACCUUACCCCGCACCACUUUAUCACGGUGUUGAUAUUCCCAUUCAUGGGCCUAAUGAAUGGAACCAUCCCGAUAGUCUUUGCACAAGCAAAACCGUUAGUCAUCGCGGUAAAAAUAUUGAACAGUUAGAGGCCGUUUUUCUUGAUACGGUUGCAGCCGAACAACCAAAAUCAAAAAAGCGAAAACGAACUGAAGUAAAACGGGGGCGACCAACAAAAAGCAAAUCCCUACUUCGAGAUGUUCGAGAAGCUUCCACGGUUCAGAAAACCGAAAAUUCCAGCAGUGAUGAUGAUCACGAAUUAGAACUACGUGAAGUUAAACUAUUGACGGGAACUGGAAUUGUUCGCAAAAAGUUUAGUUUAUUUACAAAAUAA